GAAAUAUUGAUCAUGGUCUGUAGUAGUCAGUAGAUAAAAAAUAUGCAAAUAGAAAAAUAUUCUCAUUUAAAUUAAAACCACAUAAGCGAACAGCUGUUUUCGCAACAGAUUGUAAACAGUUAUGCGGAAGGCGCGUGAUGCAUGAAAGCUCUGCCAAAAUUCUGCAGCAGAACGCGCAAGCUGGGUCUAAUUCUAAUCGAAUGCAGUGCGUUACACGCGCUCACAUUAUACUAUAAAAAGCUUUCAGUCUGCUCUCGAUGGGCUCAGUACGUUUUGGCAACAAUCUCGACAACAAAGCUCCUCUUUUCUAAGUGAUAUUCCGUCCUUUCGCUGUGUAGUGAAACAGAUAUCGAAAAACGAUAGUGGAAAAGGGAUAGUUCAAGCAAAAGCAGACCUUAUCAAGCCAUCAGAUGCAGAUCUUCGUGAAGACGUUAACCGGGAAAACGAUCACCCUCGAUGUGAUCGCUUCGGAAACGGUGUUGGACAUUAAAAGCAAAAUUGAACAACGCGAAGGCAUUGCACCGGAUCAGCAGCGAAUCAUCUUUGCCGGUAAACAGCUGGAUGACUGUCGGAUCAUAUCCGACUACAACAUCCAGCACGGCUCGACAAUGCAUCUGGUGCUCCGGCUGAAGGGUGGAAUGCAAAUCUUCGUGCGAAUGCUGACAGGGAAAACGAUUGCGAUCGAUACGGAACCGGAAGCGACGGUCGAGAGUGUGAAGAAACAGAUCGAUGAGCGGGAGGAAAUCCCUCCCAACCAGCAGCGCAUGAUCUUUGCCGGCAAGCAGCUGGAAGAUGGGCGGCAGCUCCAGGAGUACAGCAUCAUCAAAGCAUCCACCAUUCAUUUGGUGCUGCGUCUGAAGGGAGGCAUGCAGAUCUUUGUCAGAAUGUUAACCGGUAAGACUAUUGCCGUCGACACGGAACCGGAGGCAACGGUGGAGAGUGUGAAAAAGCAGAUCGAUGAGCGUGAGGAAAUCCCGCCAAACCAGCAACGCAUGAUCUUUGCCGGUAAACAGCUUGAGGAUGGCCGUCAACUACAGGAGUACAGUAUCAUAAAGGCGUCUACCAUUCAUCUGGUUCUGCGUCUCAAGGGGGGCGCCUUUAAACUCACCCAGUUCGAGUAAACAAGCUGUAUUGUCCUAUUUUCUGCUUAACGUAUUCCAUUGGCAAUCGGGCACAGUCUACAAAGUGGCGCCCCCGAUGAUCCCCGAUGGCGAUGAUCGAUGAUGGUGAAUGACUGUUUACAUGAUGUUACCUUAUACACUACGAGAUAUUUCAAUCUGUAUAUAAAAAAACUGAAAUAAAAAAAUAUUUCUUAAUAAUAUUCUAA